UGAUUGGUUUGUUUGCAAAUAAAAUGAGGUUAGUUCAAUUUAUUUUUAUUUUUUUCAACGUUCAUUUAAGCCAAGAUACAAUGUACAAUUCAAACUUCAUAUAACUUUAGUAAGAACUGUUAAAAAUAAAAGCUCUCCUCUAAAAAUAUAAAAUCACAAUGUCAAUAAUAAUUUUUUCCCCGUCUAUCAUUUUUGAUGAAGACUCGGGUUUGUUAUUGGGUAGUGUACAUUCAUACCUUGAUGACAAAUGUGAAAUUAAAGUGAUAGUAAUUUACGAUAAAAUACCAUAUUAUAGUGUUGUGGAAAAGUGUGGGUUUGACAAUGAAGUAGGAUAUUUCUACUGUAGCGAAGUUGGAGGUUUUAGCUUUUCAGAGAAAUUUAACAAAAAACAAAAUUGGUUGUCACUAAACGUUCUAGAAAAAGAAAAAAAAAUAAAGUUAGAAGAGAUCAAGAUAGAUGGAUUAAUUGUUAAUCCAGAUCAGUGUCGAUUUGUCAUUUAUGACAAGAGUUUACUUCUCGAAUCUGAGCUGUUAUCAAAAAGACUACAAUCAAUGAGCUUCCAUCAAAUAGUGAACAAUUAUUUCCUCCUACUUGUAUUUUUAUUAAGAAAAGCCAAUCCACCUAUUAAAAAGCCUCGAAUGUCUCCUAAUGUUCUGAACCCGAUUUUGCUCCUGGUCCAAAAUAUCCUUUCAUAUAUUACAAUGUGUAUGCCAAUUUUAAAGAUAUCUACACUAGGAUUACAUUUUCAAAAAUCUCUUUCUAAUUUUGUUUGGUUUCUGUUAUCUACAUUCUCAGAAGAAAGAUUUAAUUUAAAAGUCGGCAAUUACUUUUUUUCUGUGAUAUUUGACAUCUUACUGGGUACCAUCGUUUUAGAUUUCCUGCAAGAGUACUUUACAAUGACUGAGUUUUUUGAGCACAUAUCAAACUUGUCACAGGAUUUGGUUGUCUCGCUGAAAAACCUAAUUGAAUGGUUGAUGGGCAGUCCUGCUGGAUUGAAAUUGAAUUUUCCUUUGAAUAGUGUUCUUGGAAAAUUCUUCCUUUAUCACAUUGAUCUUUGGUGGUUUUUCUUAGGUCUCGUUCGGCCUUUCUUAGAGUUUGGAUUCUACUUAUUACUGCUGAUUGGAAGAUUGGGCGUAACAUUUCAAAUUGCAAUCCUAGCUGACUUGCUUGCUUUAGCCAGUUUCCAUGUUUAUUGCAUAUAUGUGUAUGCAGCCAGGUUAUACAAUUUGCAGUUGAACGGUUUAGUAUCGCUGUCUCGGUUGUUUAUUGGAUGCAAACGCAAUCCACUGCCAGGAAAAGUGGAUUCGUGCCCUUACACCACUGAACAACUUUUUGUUGGUACAAUUGCAUUCACGGUUCUGCUGUUCUUACUGCCGACAACAUUGGUGUAUUAUGUUGUAUUCGCUGCACUACGGCUCUUCGUUAUUAUGAUCGGUGGUAUUCUAACCAGAGGGAGAUUUCUGCUUCAAUCACUGCCAAUCUAUGUUUUACUAUUGCGGUUACUAAAUCCUAGACGUCUCACUAGUUCCUUCGAAAUCAUUCCAGACUUCCGCUUUGGCACCAUCAGGUUAUACCUUAAUCCGACAAUUAGUCCUCUGUGGGAAGUGAUCCAAGAAUGCAUUCCUGAUCCCAUCGAGCGACCGGCCCAUGUUGAAUGGAGAAAACUGGCCAGAAGUCUGGUGAUGGGCAACCUUAUCUAUCCUAUGUAGUGUGUUGUCUAAUAAAGCUGUUGUGGCUUAUGUGUCAAUUCAAUCAACUGUUGGCCAAAUUUCAUGUUGAAUAGUUAAACUUUCUUAACACAAUAUUACUAUAAUUCUUCAAAAUAUGCAACAAUGAUUGUUGGGCAUUUUUCUUUUUCAACAGAAUUGUUAUUUUGUAUUAAAUAUAUUAUGUUUUUCUGUAUACUAAACA